AUGGCUUCCCUGCAACAGAAGCGCCCCAGCAUCAGUAACUGGUUCUCCUCGCUGCGGCGCCAACCAAAGACCAAGAAGGGUUUGGGCAGUAGCGGAAGUUUUGGGAGCAAACACCAACUGCAGAGAAGCUGCUUCGAUCUCUCCUCGACAGUCGUUGGAGAAGGCGGCAUACCGGGCUUCAAUGUGGAAGGAGUGGGCUUCAGUGUGGAUCGGAAUAGCCGGAGCAACAGCACCUUCUACAUCAAUCCGUUGAAGGCCCCCAAAGAGGAUCGACUACGUCUGGUGGGGAAUGGCAGCAGCAGUGGCGAGAGCAGCAGUCGCAACAGCAGCGUCUGUGUGCGAUGCUUCUGCAAUCUGUUGUCGAAGAGCGAAGAGAAGACGCCCACUCCAACUCCCUUGCCACCCACACCUCCACCGAAGCCGCCAGCCAAGCCCCGCUCCCCCUCGCUGGCGCCCUACACGAGUGUGGCGACAUACAACAUCACGACCUUGACGCCCGACAGCCCCCCACCCGCCAGUCCCACGCUGAGCAGCGAUACGGUCAGCUACAGCAAUGUCAGUCGCAAGGUGGAAGUAAAGCGACUGCCCUGCAAGGAUCCCAACACGGAGCUGUACAGCAAGAGAUCGGAGUACACUCACAGCACCACCACGGCGACCACAAGGACGCUGAUACUGUCGCGACCCGUGGAACUGCUCCUCAAUGACAAAGGGGAGAUAAUCUCGCGAAGAUCUCCGCUCAAGACUCGUUCCAAUUCGCUGGGAUGCAUGCUGGAUGCGGAGGAUCUGUCGGAGACGACCAAUGGGGGUCUCGGAGGCAUGGAUAAUCCCUGCCUGCAGCUCGAUACGAAUCUUCCGAGCUCCGUUUUGAGUUCCCCGCUGACACCCGAUGCGGGGGACAUGCGUUUCAUUGAUGACAGCUCCAAUUCGCAGAGCGAAUCCGAUCGGAAUUCCAUCAGCCAUCCCAACCAUAACAACAACAACAACUCCAAGGAGCAGCAUAAUAACAAUAAUAAUAGUAGUACUAGGAGCAGCCAGGAGUCCAAUCUCUGCGAGAGUUGUCGCCAUUUGAUCGAGAGAAACCUCAGCAAUGCGGAGAAGCAGAUCAACAGCGAUAUGGUGAUACCCAGGCAACAUCCAAAGCAAAUCAAAGAUGAAUUAUGCGAAGUUGUCUCGGAAAUGGAGGCUCUCGAUGUGCCCGAAGACUGCAAGCAUUCCAACAAGGACAAACAAAUGUCCAUUGGGCGAAAAAAGUUCAAUAUGGAUCCGAAGAAAGGCAUUGAGUAUCUCGUAGAGAACCGACUGUUGCGUCACGAUCCCCAGGAUGUGGCGCAUUUCCUCUACAAGGGCGAGGGCCUCAAUAAAACGGCCAUAGGCGAUUACCUCGGAGAAAAGAACGAUUUUAACGAGGAUGUCCUCAAGGCCUUUGUGGCGCUACACGAUUUUACCAAUCUAAUUCUAGUGCAAGCCCUAAGACAAUUUCUCUGGUCAUUUCGGUUGCCCGGCGAGGCUCAGAAAAUCGAUCGAAUGAUGGAGUGCUUCGCACAGCGUUAUUGCCAGCUAAAUCUGGACAUUUUCACCAACACGGACACGUGCUAUGUGCUCAGUUUCGCCAUUAUAAUGCUUAAUACAUCGCUUCACAAUCCAUCGGUCAAAGACAAACCCACCGUUGAGCAAUUCAUCUCGAUGAAUCGGGGCAUCAACAACGGCGGCGAUUUGCCUCGCGGCCUUUUGGAGUCCCUCUACGAGUCCAUACGCACGGAGCCAUUCAAAAUACCCCAAGACGAUGGCAACGAUCUAAUGCACACCUUCUUCAAUCCCGACAAGGAGGGCUGGCUGUGGAAGCAGGGCGGCAGAUACAAGUCGUGGAAGAGGCGCUGGUUCAUAUUGAACGACAAUUGUCUCUACUACUUUGAGUACACCACGGACAAGGAGCCGCGUGGCAUUAUCCCGCUGGAGAAUAUAUCGGUGCGGGAAAUACACGAUCGCAGCAAACCGCAUUGCUUCGAGCUGUUUGCCUGCGGCGGGGCCGAUAUAAUCAAGGCCUGCAAGACUGACUCCGAGGGCAAGGUGGUGGAGGGCAAGCAUACCGUGUACCGCAUGUCAGCCGCUACGGAGGAGGAUCAGCAGGAGUGGAUAAAGCGGCUAACGCAGUCCAUCAGCCACAAUCCGUUCUACGAUAUCCUAGUACAAAGAAAGAAAAAGGCGCUCAGCAAGAGUUAGUAUUAAGACAGAGCUAAGCCUAACAUUUGUCUUGGAUCUCAGUGAAACCCUGCAGCGCGUGUGUGGCCAUGGCGGCAGCGGCGUCCGUGAAGGCGACUCUCCCCAUAUUAAUACAUAUACAUACUACAUUUUAUUUAUACACAUAUACUAUUCGUUGUUCAUUAUUGUGUAUGUGGGUGUGUUUGUGUGCAUGCGUGAGAAAUUUCAAUAUUUAAUAAUUGCGAGAAUAUCUCUGUAGAUUGUUCAAUAGAUUAGAUUUUGUAGAUUGUUGUAUGCCCCAUGUGGUAUGGUUUGUCAUCUGUUUGAUCCACACUCUGCCGCCUACGCCACUACGCCCUGCCACACGCCGACGCACUCCGAACCUCAAAAUUUGUCUCUAUUGUUGUGAUAUAAUUUAUUUAAGCAUUAAGCAAUACAAUACAGAAGAAACAUAAACAGAGAUCAUGAAAUUGCAUCGUUAAGAAAUACACAUCUAAAACUAAAUCAUUUUCAAAUUAGUGCAAAUUACCUUUAGCUGCUUCAUUGUACGCCUAAGUCUACAAUAUUUCUUUCAAAUUAGAGCACGAACUACUUAAGCUGUAACCCCAUGUACCUCCAUGGAACAUUUAUCUACGAUAGGUAAUUAGAUGGUAAUUAGAGCUAUGAAACAUAUCCCAGCAGCCGCCAAACCCCUCAUUGAUUACUCGUAUCGUAUGUUUGUUUGAUGCAAAUGAAAAAUGGAUCAGUAACUUUUGCUUGGCAAUUAUUAUAUGUAUUGUGUAGACAAAGAAAAGCAAAAGCGUUUCCUUUUCUAAGAAUUGUAUUUGUAUUGUAAAUGUAAUGCUAACGCU